CACAUGGUUUUUUCCUAAAAUCAAAGUAGACCAUUGGAAGCUCGGUGUUUUUUUAAAGCACGACUGACGUUCAGGGUCACGGAUAACACAUACACGAUUUCUACCUAUACCCAGUGGAAGAACGUGACGCAAAAUCAAGCUGAUUAAGGUUCUUUUGCAGAAAAAAAAAACAAAGUUUAAAAAAUUUCUUUCUUUCUUCAUUUAUCCAUCCUUCUUAUAUUAUAUUACGGGUUUGGAGAGUGUCAUCGAUCGAGAUCAAGAAGAAGCUUUUGAUCUUAAUAAAAUUCUAAUCACUAUUUUUAAAUUAGUGAUCCACGACGAAGACCAAUCAAGAAAGAUACGAUGAACUUAUUUCGAAUUUAAAGGAAAUUUGUUUUGAAAUCUACUACAUGUGGAUAGUACUGAUCUUAAGUUACGUCCUGAGAAGCUUACUGAAGAAAUUUCGUCAAAUCGACUCAAAGUGUAGAAGAAAUUUACGAAUAGAGACGCCACCUUCUUACGGACGUUUGUUCGUUGGUGGGAAAAUUAAAUUUCACGGUUGAUUCAAGGAAAUGUGUCGUUUUCUUUUUAUUUUUGGAUAAUUAUUCUAAUGUUAUAAAAAAAAUGCCCACGAAAUAAUGAUGAAAAAGUAGUGAAAAAAGUUGAAAGGGUUCUAUCAACUGUUUCUUCUUCAAAGGAACCUAAUGACUUUGGCUAUUUCUAAUGUGAGAAUCGUAAGAUUCGUGAACGUUCAGUGUUUCGAUUUUUUUAAAAAAUUCUCCACGUGUUGGAAGUAUUUAUUAACGAAGAGUGAUCGCGUGUGCUGCAAGCAUGUGAGUAAAUGGCCGUGGAAGGAUUAGUCGAACGACCUACUAUGGGCAUCUGCCUGGACACUGAGCAACAAAAUGGAUCGCAGGUGUUCGAGGAUCCCGAUGCUCGAAGUACAGGAAGAUGGCGAGGAGAAACUGGUUUGUUGGCGACCCCGCCUGAUGGACGUUUCACGAAGCAAAACGUGGGUCCUGUUAAGUUCGAAAUGCCGAAGGUUCCGGUCAUUUUUGUACUCGGCGGUCCGGGUAGUGGUAAGGUGACACACUGCGAUAAUCUAAUGCAAGAGAGGAAGGGAAUAACACAUAUCAACAUGAUGGACCUUCUUCAACAAUAUGCGCUUGGAAACGAUAUGCAAGAUUUCGGUCAACUCAGCAGUAAAACCGUAUCGGAAGUUCUCAUGCUCGAAAUGAAAAUGUCUCCAGAGGCCAAAGUUUUUCUCGUCAGUGGAUAUCCCCGAAAUAUGCGGGACGUAGUCGAAUACGCCGAAAAGAUAAAAAUCGUUAACGGUGUGAUCCUUGUCUCAUGGAGACAGGAAGUCCUCGAAAGACAAAUUGAUUUUGGAGCUCAACUCGGUCACGUAAUUAUCGGAUUAGCAAGGAUGGAAUUACACAAUUUCUAUAAAAACGUUAUGCCCGUUGUGGAAUACUUCGAUCAAAGUGGAAUGUUGUAUGAGGUAAACGGAGAACGAAAUCCCAAUGAAGUUUUUAUUGAUUUCCGAGAAGCUGUUAUGAAAAUUUUAGGAUUACCGACUACAGAUGAGGAAGAAAAGAAAAUGGCUCAAUCGUUAGAGGCAGAAGUAAAGGUAGAAAGGAGAGAAGAACCAAUUUCUAGAACAUCAACGCCAAAAGAUCAUGUGGUUGUAGUCGAAAUGACUGAACCACCUAUUAAAACAGAUACGAAAGCAUCUAAAACCGCGGUGAAACCUCGGAAAGGAUUACCAGUUUUUAUAUGGGUAAUAGGUGGACCAGGUAGCAAUAAAGCCGUACUGUGCAGUCAUGCGGUUCAAAGUAUGCCAGGAUGGGUCCAUGUCAGUAUCGGAGGAUUGUUAAGAGGAAUGGCAUCAACAAACACGACUGUUAGCGAGGCAAUAGUAGCUGGUGAAAUGGUAUCGCAAGAUGUUGUGAUGCCAUUGGUUGAACAACAGGUUCUUUUGAAUCGUGACACAGAUGGUAUAAUCAUUGAUGGAUAUCCGAGAGAUUUGAACCAAGUUCAAGAAUUUGAGAAUAAAUUUGGACAGGAACCACCGUUAGUAUUAUUAGAUUGUUCGAAGCUUCAACUUGGUAAAGGAAGACUAGACGACAGUGUAUCAGCUUUCAGGAAAAGAUUGGAACUCUUCCGAGAAAUGUCAUUGCCAAUGUUGAAAACAUUGGAUAAUGAAAACCGAUUAGUAAUCAUUGACGGUGACACAGACAUACCAAGUGUAAAAGAGGAUUUCUCGCAAGCUUUGUUUCAACUGAUGCGACGUGCUCGACGAAAAGAGGAAGAUAAUCCACGUGGACCAGAAUCGCCAAAGUCGCAAGAAUAUGGGGACGAUACAGACCCAAACUUACCAGUUCCCGAUGACAUCAAUGAAACCCAGGGACAGACAGAAGAGCAGAGACGUGGUCAUAAUAUAGCGAAUGGUUUCGCUAGGCAUAUGGUUAACAACGGUGUAUCUGAUCAAGUGAGCAAGACGAUAGAUAAAGUGGAAAACUUAAAUGGCGUCGUAGUUCAAGGUGUCACCAACAUGACGAAUGGCGUACUCAACAAUGCAAAGAAGAUGACUCAAAAUGGUGGGAUCCAACAAAAUGGUGGAAUCCGACAAAAUGGAAUAACCAAUGGAACGACGCAUAUGUUACAAAAUGGUGUGGCGCACUUAGCAAACGGAAUAAUUCCAGGUAAUAAUAAGGUAGCGCCCAGUAUACAGAAUUACUUACCUAACAAUAUGAAAGAUCCUUUGAGAAAAAUGUACAACGAGGUGGAAGGAUACCAAGAAAAUCUCCAUAUAUAACGUUACGAAGAAUACGCGAAAAAUAUCGCCUAAUUCCUAAUGUAAUAAAUAAAUCUUUCUUUAUAUGUGUGUGUGUGUAUAUAUAUAUGUGUGCAUACACACACACACACACACACACUUAUCCGGUAUUCGCAUAAAAUCACAAAGAAAUUAUCAAGAAUUAAAAUCCUAUCGUGUACGUGCCUUAUAAGAAAGAUUUAUAGAUAAAGUAAUGCUAUUUGAUGCAUUAGUACGUGGCUUUUUAUACGCACUGAUAAUCUGUAAAUAAGAUUUAAAUGAAGAUAAAUCCUCAGAAAAAAAAAGAAAAAUGUCUAUAUUAACAAUUCUUGCAUGAUUAAUUAUAUGCAAAGAUCGUCAUAGUCUCAUUUAUAUUAAAGUAAAUGAAAAAACAUAUAUAUCUACAUACAAUAUUAAUUAUUUAUGAUUUUACAUAAUAACGUUAAAUCUCAUAAAAUUGUAAUAUGUUUUAAUUAUCUUUUUAUAGAUUAUCAUUUUGCGAUUUUUCUAUGCACUUUAAAUGAAAUAAUUCCAUAUAUUUAUUAAUAUUAUCUCGUAUACUUAUCUUCGUAUCGCACUUUUUAUGAAAAUAUUUUCGUCAAUCAAUAACAGUUACACAGUCGAAUAAUCUUUAUAUCUUAGCGCGAUUAUUCGUGAGCGGUGAUAAAAAUAAUAAAAGAACCAUAAGCUAUAAGUAUAGUGAUUAUGAUAAUAUACAUUAUAAAACGAAAAUUGAUAUAUUAACGAUAAAUAUACGUCCUAUUUACGACUUUCUUUUAAUAUAGUCGUAAGAUUGAGUUAACUAUGCGAAGGUACAAUAAUAGUUUCCUAAAUAUAAUUGCAUAUCACAUAGAUAUUAUUUUUUCGUAAAAGACACGUGUGACUGGUAUCCCCAAGUGUGUCAAAUUACUCGUAUACAAAAGUACAUAAUUUGUUUAAAAAAACAGAAAAAGAAAAAAAUAAAAGAAUAUUAUAAAUAGAAAAAAGUUAAUAAACAUAUAUUAAAUAAGAAUGAAUGCGUAGAUAUAUUAUAAAAUAUUAAUAAAAUUAUGAAAUAUAUAAACAAAUCGAUAAAAAAAUAAAAGAACUCUAUUUUGAAUGAUCGAUUUACAUAUCUACACACAUACACACAUACACACGUUUUACGAAAUGUUAAUUUAUCGAUGUCGACUUCUUAUAUGAAUUUCUUAUAAACGAAGAUCGGCAUUAUUUUUUAUAUACCUCAGAAAGUCUAUGUAUUAAUGAAUGACCAUAUGAAUCGAAUUUCCGAAUGAUAACUUUUCAACUUUUCAAAUGAAUCAUAUUACGGCUGUAUAUAGAAAUAAUGAUAAUAAUAAUAAUAAUAAUAAUAAUAAUAAUAAUAAUAAUAAUAAUAAUAAUAAUAAAACGAUAAACUAACAAUAAGAAUAUACGAUCUUCUAUACGAACGUAAUAAAUCUCUUAAAGUGUCGAUUCGAUUUAUCAUAUAAUUCGUAUCCGCAGGCGGAUUUCUGUAAUCGACAUUUAUAUAUAAACGGUGUUUUGAGCAAUAAUGAUCUAUAACAAUCAGUAAUAAUGAGAAAGUAAUCUAAACGAAUGAAAGAUUAUGAAUAAAGUACAGAAAACAUCUUUUUUAAAUUGGCACUAAAAUCAAGUCAUAAGUUCGUUCUAGUUUUUGUAUUUGUUAAUAUUACGAUAUAUGAUAUUCGUCUAUGAUAAAAAAUAUUUCAAUAUAUUGCGAAUAUAUAUUGCGAAUGAAUAUUAUGUCAAUGACAAAUUAAGAAAAAAAUCUAAAGAAAAAAAUAAUAUCCUCGUAUAUGUUAGACAGUAUUAAUAAAGUGACGAACGAUUAUGUUAUAUGCGGGUCUAUACAUAUUAUGUACGAGUUUACAUAAAUUACGUACGAGUAAAUUAUAUACGAGCCUAUACAUAUUAUAUACGAAUCUAAACAUAUUACGUACGAGUUUAUAUAUUAUGUAAAGUUAAAAUAUUUGCAAAUUUAUCUAUCUUUUACGGUCCAUUAUUUUUCUCCUUUUACGUAUUUUUACAUGAAUAUUUUUACAUCUAUCUAAUGAACUUAUAUAGUCCAUGUACUAACGAAAAAUCUUUUUAAUAUUUGCUAAUAGCAUACAGAUCAUAUUAUUAAUAUUUUGGACAAGUAGAAAGAAAAUUGUGUUUAGUUGAAUGUUGAAUGUACUUAUUCAUUAGCAUGCAAUAAACAUGUACGUACGAACA